AUGGCGGCCGCGGCACUGCUCAGGGGUGCGGCUCCAGGGUGCGGCGGCCCGGCCUGGAGCUGGCGGCUGCGCGCGGCCCCGAGGCGCCACCUGGCUCACAGUGGCUGCUGUCAGAGCGCUGACUCCGCUAGCGGCGCAACAUGGGCCUGCUUCCUGCUGGGCGAGCGUGCCCUAGUGCGCGUGCGCGGGCCGGACUCGGCGCCCUUUCUCCUAGGUCUGCUGACCAAUGAGCUGCCGCUUCCGGGUCCUGCGGUUGGCGAGGCGUCAACUUCGGCCCGAGCGGGCUACGCCCACUUUCUCAACGUGCAGGGACGCACUCUCUAUGACGUCAUUCUCUACGGGCUCCCUGAGCGCCCCGGUGAACAGCCCACCUUCCUCCUGGAGUGCGACAGCUCAGUGCGCGAUGCCCUGCAGACGCACCUCUUGCUGCACAAGAUCCGGCGGAAGGUCACGGUGGAGCCGUGCCCUGAGCUGCGCGUGUGGGCCGUGCUGCCCCGAGCCCCGGCGGAUGCUGGUGGGGCGGUGCCGCUGCGGAAGAAGGCCGAGUGUGCCGCCAUCCUCACCCGUGAUCCCCGGACUGCCUGCAUGGGCUGGCGGCUCCUCUCCCAGGAUGAGGGUUCAGCCCUGGUGCCCGGGGGCCGCCUUGGGGACCUCCAGGAUUAUCACCGGCACCGGUACCAGCAAGGUGUUCCCGAGGGUGUCCAUGACCUGCCCCCAGGAGUAGCGCUGCCCCUGGAGUCCAACCUGGCCUUCAUGAACGGCAUCAGCUUCACCAAGGGCUGCUACAUUGGCCAGGAGCUGACAGCUCGCACCCACCACAUGGGUGUUAUCCGAAAGCGCCUCUUCCCAGUACAGUUCUCAGGUGCCGUUCCUGGUGGCGGCAUUGCCCCCGGCGCCCCUGUGCUCACCGAGGCAGGGCAGGCGGCCGGCAAGUACAGGGCAGGGCUGGGGGACGUGGGUCUGGCCCUGUUGCGGUCUGAGAAGAUGAAGGGUCCUCUCCACAUCAGAACCUCUGAGAGUGGCCUUGUGGCCCUCACUGCGUCUGUGCCAGGCUGGUGGCCCACAGCCACCAAGUAG